GAGACAGACUUGGCGCUCAUAAGUUCUAGGCCGGCUUAUCACCCUUGUCAAUGCCGCUAACUCGUUGGCGGACCAGCUACAUUUGAAGCAAGCAAGUCCGAACCAUGUAAAAUACCUAGAUCCACCCGAUCUAACCGACCCCGUUAUUUUCGUGCUAAGCCUCAAACCAUCAAACCAUCAAUCUUCAACUUCCAACAUUCUAGUGGUGAACGACCCUUCGUGGAAAUAUUAGCCUUGACUUCCGUUAUAUCUGGCGAACAAGGCUGAAAGUACAAUCCAAUCAAUCAUUGGACUGGUAAAUUCAAGAGUAGGAAGAAGAGGCGCCAAUAAGGGCGAAUAUCCGAAAAUGCGCUGAAACGGUAUACCCCAUCACUUAUUCUAGGUGGCUCAAUAAUAAAGCGCAAAAGCAAUGGGCUGCUGUUUCUCGAGACCCGCCGGUCCUAACGCACCCUACCCAGGGGGUAGCGCCGCAUCACCCUCUGCGCGCGCAAUUAACUCACCUCCGCCGUUACAUCCGUCUGCGACCGAUGAUAGUGCGCCAGCAUCGCGAGCCGUCUCUCGUUCUCACCAAUCCCCCCAGUCGCCCCAUUCACAGCAUCAUUCACAUCGAAUCCAUGGUUUUCAAGCCUCCCUGUCGCAACAUAUAGACAAACCCUUGCGACGCCACGAAUGGGUUGCGCGCGAUCGAACAUGGACACGUUCCGAGUUAGAUACAGAACGAGCCGAUUUCUUUGAUACGCGGGUUACUGGGCGGCCUGAAGUAUGGCAAGCUUUGAAGGCAGCGUUGGAGGUUAUGUGGGAGGCAGAUGUGGGCAAUGCGGCUACGGGAGAGUCAACAGACGAAGACGGGACCGGUGGGUUGGCUACAGCCCAGAGCAUACUGAAGGCUGCCGAAGUCACUUUACCCACUGGUGACUUAUCGAAUGGGGUAUAUGAUGCACUUGGGAAUUAUUACGCACUUCCGGAAUGGAUUGUGAGCGACCCCGUGAACGUGACCGAAGAAGGUAACGCGAAAAAGAGUAAAGAUGACAUUGAUCGAAAGGGUGAGGAUGAUUUAACGGGUGACGACAUGGACGAGGUAGAUGAAGACGAGGCGGUACGACGAAGAGAAGAGAAGGGUAAAGGUGUCGUGGAUAUGAAACAUAUGGUGAAAGUUCGUGCUCGACUUAGCGAGAACCUCCCGGAUGUGAUAAUCAGCAUUAACCCCGAAGAAAGCGUCCGAAGCUUCGCUAGAAAGGUAGCCGAGGAGUCGGGGUUAUCAUCGACUAAACGUGUGCGUGUGGCCUACAUGGGCAAGAUUCUUAAGGAGAACUCAUCCUUGCAAGGUCAAGGUUGGAAGAAGGGACAUGUAGUUAAUGCGCUGGUUUUCAACCGGUAGCAACGGUCGUCGCCACUGUAUUUCCUACCCGACUCCCAUAUUCUCGAACGAGCCCCUUCACACCUCGAGCCCUGGUUUUGAAUUCGUUCCACGGGAAUUCCAAGCCAUUCUCGAGCCAUGACUAAGAGAAUCGGGCUCAUUGAUUGACGGCAGUCCUUGGUUUAUUUCCCCACCCAGUCAACCGCGUUCGAUGCUACCGAUCCGACCAAUACUUUCCAUUAUUCGAUGAAGCAUUCUGCUCAUCUAUUCUACCUGAGAAACCACAUCGCCAAGAGAGCGAGAACGCGACCCCGUUAUUAUAUAUAACCUCAUCAUUUAUAAAUAUCCCGACCAUUACGGAUUUACUCUUAAUAAUCUAUAUGCAACACUUAACGGGUUCGCCUUAGGUUUUCACCAUUUCUAUUUAUCUACUUCCUUACGACUCUGCAUCGGAUUCCGGACAAUACCCCAUUUUCGUUAUCAUGCUGCGUCAGCAUUUGGCGGAUUAUAGGAGUUAGUAUGGCGUGAUUAUGAUCGAUUGUGCGAUCGACUAA